CCCAGAUUUGGGGCUACCAGCGAGUAGCUUCCAUAGCAAGCGGAAUUGCAUGUUAGCAAAGGAACAAGCUCGCUUUAUUGGCCGCUGUGGGUAUAUGUGACUCCGGGGAACGGACCGCAGGGCAAGGGCGACGUUUUAUUUUUAUUUUUUAAAGAUGGCCAUUUUAAUAGGAAGACAGCGGUAACGUUAGCAUAGCGUCACGGCGGAGACUCCACACACAUAAGAGAUAUUCGCAACAGAGUCAGGAAUCAGCAUCACCGACUCCUACAAUGCGAUUAAAAACAUCCCUACUAAAGGAACCUAAACAUAGGGAACUAGUGAGUUGUAUUGGCUGGACUACAGCGGAUGAGUUGUACUCCUGCAGUGAUGAUCACCAGAUCCUCAGGUGGAACCUUCUGACCAAUGAGACCAGCCUGGUGGUCAAAUUACCAGAAGACUUCUACCCCAUAGACCUGCACUGGUUUCCCAAGACUGUCGGCGGCAAGAAGCAGACUUCGGCUGAGAUCUUUGUGCUAACCAGCACUGACGGGAAGUUCCACCUUGUCUCCAAGACAGGGCGCAUUGAGAAGAGUGUCGAUGCUCACAAAGGAGCAGUUUUAGCAGGCCGAUGGAACCAUGACGGGACUGCCCUUGUCACGGCUGGAGAAGAUGGACAGAUCAAGAACUGGUCGAAAAGUGGAAUGCUGCGUUCAACACUAGCCACCCAAGCAUCUCCUGUAUAUUCUGUGGCUUGGGGCCCAGACUCUGAGAGGAUCCUCUACACAUCAGGUCGACACCUGGUCAUCAAGCCUCUGCAACCUAGCGCUAAAGUGAUACAGUGGAAGGCGCACAAUGGGGUCAUUCUAAAGGUGGACUGGAACUCAGUCAAUGACCUCAUACUGUCGGGAGGAGAGGACUGUAAAUAUAAAGUGUGGGACAGCUUUGGCCGCCUGCUUUAUUCCUCGCUGUCACAUGACUACCCAGUCACCUCCUUGUCCUGGGCUCCAGAUGGAGAAGUGUUUGCAGUGGGCUCCUUCAACACGCUGCGACUCUGUGACAAGACCGGGUGGUCCUACGCUUUGGAGAAACCCAACACGGGCAGUGUAUUCAGCCUGGCCUGGUCUGCUGAUGGCACACAGGUGGCUGGGGCCUGCGGGAAUGGCCACGUCAUCUUUGCCAAUGUGGUGGAGCAGCACUGGGAGUGGAACAACUUUAUGAUCACUUUAACCAAGAGGAAAACCAUGCAGGUGAGGAAUGUGAUGAAUGAUGCAGUGGACAUGUUGGAGUUCAGGGAUCGAGUCAUCAAAGCCUCCUUGGCUUUUGGGCACCUCGUAGUCGCCACAUCCCUGCAGUGCUACAUCUACAACACAAAGAACUGGAAUACUCCUCUCAUAUUUGACCUGAAGGAGGGAACAGUCAGCCUCAUUCUGCAAGCGGAGAGACAUGCUCUUCUAGUGGACGGGGCAGGGUUGUAUAUAUUCUCCUACGAGGGCCGACUGAUAUCCUCGCCUAAAUUUCCUGGUAUGAGAGCUGAUAUCCUUAACGCUCAGUGUGUCUCACUUAGUAACGACACGGUUGCCAUUCGUGACAAGAGUGAUGAAAAAGUCAUCCUUCUCUUUGACGCUCUGACCGGUAAACCUCUCGGUGACGGGAAGUCUUUAACUCACAAGAUGGAGGUGGUGGAGAUCGCUCUGGAUCAGUGCGGCCCGUCCACUGAAAGGAAGAUCGCUUUGAUUGACAAGAACCGCGACCUUUACCUCACCUCUGUGCGGUACCUCGGCCGCGAGCCCAAAAUUUGCAAAAUCGGUAGCAUGAUUCACAGCAUGGCCUGGAAUAAUGCUGCUAACAUCCUGUGUGGUGUCCAAGACAACCAAUUCACAGUGUGGUACUACCCCAAUACUGUCUUCAUUGACAAGGAGCUGCUUUCCAAAACACUUUAUACUAAGGACGGCAGUGAGUUCAACCACACACCACACAUUCUGAGUUAUGUGGAUACCAAGGUGAGGUUACGUCAAAGAGACGGUUCCUUGCUGUAUACCAGUGUGCCUCCGUAUGCUGUGUUUCUCCACGAGUUCAGCAGCUCAGCACGGUGGGAGGAUGCUCUGCGCCUCUGUCGCUUUGCCAAGAAAGACUCUUUGUGGGCAUGUCUGGCUGCCAUGGCGAUAGCAAACAGAGAGCUGACCACGGCGGAGAUGGCCUAUGCCGCCAUUAGAGAGUUACCGCGAGUGCAUUACAUCAACUUUAUAAAGCAGCAGCCGUCCAAGGAGUCGUCUUUGGCCCAUCUGCUGCUGUUCAGUGGACAGGUCCAGGAGGCCGAGGCCACUCUGUUACAAGCUGGUCUCAUUUACCAAGCCAUACAAGUCAACAUCGACCUCUUCAACUGGCAGCGGGCGCUAGAGCUGGCAGUCAAACACAAGACCCAUGUGGACACCGUGCUUGCCUACAGGGAGAAGUUCCUGCAGACAUUUGGCAGGAAGGAGUCCAAUAAGAGGUUCCUGCAGUACGCUAAAGGGGUUGAGGUGGAUUGGGAUAAAAUCCAAGCCAAGAUAGAGAUGGAGUUGGCCAAAGAGAGAGAGAAGGCUGCUAACGUGUCCGUCAGGAGUAGCGUGACCCAGCGGCGCUAGCAACUAGACAACCUUCCUGGUUUUCUUGUAGUUUUUAAGUGCAUCCAAUCGAAAGAUGAGCCGUCUCCCCAGUCUGAGGUCAAGAGCAGGUUUUCGGCCAGGAUGUUGCUGUACAAUGCUGCAUUCUUCUUUCCCUCUAUCUUGACUAUUCUCCCACUACCUGCUGCUGAACAUCACCCCCACAGCAUGAAGCUGCCACCACCAUGCACCAUGAGCGGUGCCUCGUUUUCUCCAGACAUGUCGCUUGGCAUUCACGCCAGAGACUUCAAUCUUUGUCUCAUCAGACCAGAGCACUUUGUUUCUCAUGGUCUGAGAGUCCUUCAGGUGCCUUUUGACAAACUACAAGUGGGCUACUUGUGCCUUUUGCUAAGGAGUGGGUUCCAAAUGGCCACUCUACAAUACAGGCUUGAUUGGUGGAUUGCUGCAGAGAUGGUUGUCCUUCUGGAAGGUUCUCUCCACAGAGGAACACUCCCGCUGAGUAACUAUCAGGUUCUUGGUCACCUAAAGCCCUUUCUCCCUGCCAUCACUUAGUUUAGACGGCUGGACAGUUCUUGCGAAGAGUCCUGGUGGUUCUGAACUUCUUCCAUUUCCAGAUGAUGGAGGCCACUGUGCUCACUGGGACCUUCAAAGCAGCAGAAAUGAUUCUGCACCCUUCCCUUGACCUCAUGCUUUGUGCUCUGACUUGCACUGUCACCUGUACUACCUUAUACACUCCCGAUCAAAAAGACCAGUCGAAAAAUUGCAAUUUAGAUUUUACACUGUUGGAUCUUAAAGAGGUUCUAAGUAGAGCUUCAAAAUGCAAAAAGAAGAAAUGGGAAUGAGACAAAAACAAAAGUGAGUAAGAAAUAGCUGCGCCAUUCUUGUUAAUGACCUCAAAAAUUGGUUUGCUUGAUGCCGGUGUUUCCAGGAGGCUAGUGGAAAUGUUGUCCAGGUGGUGAAGAUGGUUUCACAGAGGGCAUCCACCGUCUGAAACUGAUGCUCAUUCUGUAAACUUUCCUUUGCCAUCCAUCCCCAAAUGUUCUCAAUUGGAUUUAGAACAGGGGCACACGCAGGGCGAUCUUAAAGAGUGACGUUAUUCCUCUGGAAGAAGUCCUUUGUCAGGCAGGCAUUGUGAUGGUAUUGUUCAGUCAUGAGGGAUGCCCCCUGCAACAUCUCUACAUAGCCAGCUGCCAUUUGACGCCCCCGCACAACCUGAAGCUCCAUUGUUGCAUUGAAGGAAAAAGCACCCCAGCCUUAGACCAGCCCUCCCACAGUAUACAAACAGCCAACUGGAUCCUCCGGCACAGGACCGGUGACAUUUUUUGGGUCUACCACUACUACUUUUUUGUUCUAUAACUCUCAGGAUCUUUUAGGAAGUUUAAAAUGACUGUUUUACUGUGUCCAACCUCAGCAGCAAUGGCGCCCUGUGAGAGGCCUUACUUAUGCAGCCCAACAAUCCGACCGCGUUCAAAGAGAAAGCUUUUUUGCCUUUGCUAUCAAGAGAUCAUGACUAUGUGAAUACCUGACAAGAUUUUGGCUUUGCAAAGACAUGGUUUUAAACUUUUGAUUAAACUUUUAUUUCACAAUAAAUUGCUUAGUCAAAAAAAAUUGUCUCACUCACGUUUCUUCUUUUUGCAUUUUGAAGCUCAACUAAGAACCUCCUUAAGCUCCAAGAGUGCAAAAUGUAAAUUCUUGCAAUUUUUCAACUGGCCUUAAAAUUUGGAUCAGGAGAGUAUAGACAGGGGUGUGCCUUUACAAACCAUGUCUGAUCAACUAAUGAUGUCUGAUCAAAUGUGUCAAGGAUGAUCAGUGGAUGAACGGGAGCUCAAUUUUCAGCUUCAUGGUAAAGGCUGUGAAUACUUAUGUACAUGUAAUUUUUGAUUUUUGUAUCUUUAAUAAAUUUGCAAAAAUCACACAAAAAGUCAUAUUCUGUGUGCAAUUUUGAGGGAAAUUUUUUUAAUCCAUUCUGAAAAAACGUGCUGUGAAUACUUUGGAUGCACUGUAUGUGUUUUCUCCGCAUGCAUAUUAGGCCUGUCAAAAAUAACGCGUUAAUGGCAGUAACUAAUUUAUUUCAUUAAUUACGGUAAUUUUUUUGUGUGAUUAAGGCAUGUGCAUCAGAGCAAGCGCUCCUCUCUGUUAUGACGGCAGGUGAAAGCACAGUGGAGCGUACCCCCCCACAGUCAACUUCUGACCCGACCACAUCAACAGCAGUACAAUUCCAACACCAUAUACUGUAUGUAGCUUCAAAUCACACACGUCUAUAGUCCGUUCCUCCUGGGAACAACACUUCCUCACGCUCAUUACAAGAACGCGAGACGCAUUCAGAGACACGCCGAACGUUACAAAAAAGGAUUUAUAAUGCGUGUGUGUGUGAAACAGGAAGAUGAAGAAAAACAUGAAGUGGAUUUUAUUAUCACUCACUUUGUAACUCUUAAUUCAGAUGUACAAUUUUCUACAUUUAAGUAUGCUGGAAAAUACAAGUUUGCCUUAAAUUACGUGAUGUCAUUGAAUGCAACCCCUCAUUGGUCAUAAUAACACGGUUUAAAGUGUGAUUCAAAUGUUCUGCUACUAUUAAAGAGACUAAUGUUAGGCAAAUAGAUUUUUA